AUGACUCAAGGUUCAUCAGUGGAGGUGGUGACUCAAGUUGAAGAUGUGGUCCCGCACGGCGGCGUCAGCCUGCCCGUCCUCUUUGGAAUCAUCUGCUUUCUGGGUAUAAUCGGGAACUGCCUCGUCAUGUACACCAUCCUCAAGAGGACCAAGUGCCGCGCCAAGCAGACCGUUCCAGAUAUCUUCAUCUUAAAUCUGUCGAUCGUCGAUCUCCUGUUUCUCCUCGGGAUGCCGUUCCUCAUCCACCAGUUGCUGGGCAACGGUACCUGGCACUUUGGCGCCGCCAUGUGUCGGGUCAUCACCGCGCUGGACUCCAACAGCCAGAUCGUCAGCACUUACAUCCUCACUGCGAUGACCCUGGACCGUUACCUGGCUACGGUCCAUCCCAUCCGCUUCAAUUACAUACGCACGCCACGCGUCGCCGCGCUGGUCAUCGCGCUGACGUGGAUGCUGUCUAUGCUCACCAUCAUCCCCGUGUGGAUGUACGCGGGCCUCAUGCCUCUCCCCGACGGCCUGGUGGCCUGUGCCCUGCUCCUGCCCGACCCAUUCAUCAACAUGUACUGGUUCACGCUUUACCAGUUCUUCUUGGCCUUUGCUAUUCCGCUGGCGAUCAUCUGCCUCGUGUUCUUCAAGAUCCUCCAGCACAUUUCCACCAGCGUGGCGCCGCUGCCUCCGCGGAGUUUGAGGGUGCGCACCAAGAAGGUGACGCGCAUGGCGGUGGCCAUCUGCCUGGCCUUCUUCAUCUGCUGGGCGCCGUACUACAUCCUCCAGCUCAUCCACCUCGGGGUGCAGAGCCCCAGCCUGGCUUUCUCAUACGCCUACAACAUCGCCAUCAGCAUGGGCUACGCCAACAGCUGCAUCAACCCCUUCCUGUACAUCAUCCUCAGCGAGACCUUCAAGAGGAGGUUCCUCAAGGUCGUGCGGCCGGUGAACAGAAAGUCCCGGGUGAACCCCAGCACCACGGACGGCGGCUGCGUGAGCGUCAGGAUGGUCCCUGACGGGGGUCAGCGGGACCAGGCCUCCCAGGAGCUGCUUCCAUCCAGUGAAGCCCCGCAAUGA